GAGGAGAAUGUGGAUCCCAGGAGCAUUGGACGCUUAGCCUCGGGGCCAGAUACAGGGACACAACCCCAAGAUCAGCCGCUGGGUGUCUAGAGAACUCUGCCAGACUCAACAGGAAGGACCCUCCUCCCCCCAACAGACGUAGAGACCCCGUGCUGGGCACAAGCAGAGGUCCCCAGAGCAGCAGAUGUGCACCGUGUAAACGGAGAAGGCACUGAAUGACCUGCCCUGGGCUUUAUGCUAACUUGGACUUACAGACCCCCUGUCCCGGGUUUAGGAGAGACAGCUCUGGAUACCGAUAGCUGUGUACAGUCUUUGUUUAGGCUGUCCAGGUACAUAGCGAGCCCCUGCUUGGGCCUAGCCCUGGGUGCAGGAUGGCUGCCUGCCACACGGUGCUGCUGGCUGCCGUGCUACUAUUACGAAUGUAUCAAGGAGAAGGUGGUGGGUUUUCGCUUCCCCCAGGCUGUAAGCAGGAUGGUAGGCCCAGGGGCACCGGGAGGACAGCGGGAAUCGGAGCAGAGUCCGGAAAGGUGGUGUGUGUGAGUGUAGACACUGGCAGAGUUCUGCCCCUGACCCAACUGCCCAACCGGACCAACACGCUGAUUCUUAACAAUAACAAGAUCACUGAAUUAACCAAUGGUUCAUUUGAGGGCCUAUCAUUUCUUGAAAGACUGGAUCUUCGGAACAACCUAAUCAGUUCUAUUGAGCCUGGUGCUUUUGGGGGCCUUCUUUCCUUAAAAAGAUUAGACCUUGCCAGCAACAGAAUAGGGUGCCUUAACGCCGACACAUUCAAAGGACUAACUAAUCUGGUCAGAUUGAAUCUUUCUGGAAAUGUAUUCUCUUCUUUAGCACAAGACACGUUUUCCAACUUGGUCGCCCUUAAAUCUGUAGAAUUUCAGACAGACUUUCUUCUUUGUGACUGUAAUCUUCUGUGGAUGUUUCGAUGGAUCAAAGAGCGAAAUAUAACUGUUCGUGAAACUAAAUGUGCAUUUCCUAAGGUAUUACAAGGGCAGCCAAUCACAGCAGUGAAGCAAGAACUACUGACCUGUGAAUCACCGCUUGAACUGCCGUCUUUUUACAUGACCCCAUCACAUCGCCAGGUUGUCUUUGAAGGGGACAGUCUUCCUUUCCAGUGCAUGGCAUCUUACAUUGAUCAGGACAUGCAGGUGUUAUGGUAUCAAGAUGGGAAGAUUGUGGAAACUGAUGAAUCUCAGGGUAUUUUUGUCCAGAAGAACAUGAUACACAAUUGCUCAUUAAUUGCAAGUGCACUUACAAUCUCUAAUAUUCAAGCUGCAUCAACCGGCAACUGGGGCUGCCAAGUUCAAAGCAGGCGCGGUAAUAACUCAAGGACUGUCGAUAUUGUUGUGUUGGAGAGUUCAGCGCAGUAUUGUCCUAUGGAAAGGGUUCUAAACAAUAAGGGAGAUUUCAGAUGGCCGAGGACGCUGGCAGGCAUAACUGCAUACCUACACUGCACACGCUAUUCUGCUGGCAGCGGUAUAUAUCCUGGCCUUCAGCAAGAUGACAUAAGAGCAUGGCGCAGGUGCGACAGGGGUGGCUUUUGGGCAGAAGACGACUACUCUAGAUGUCAGUAUGCAAAUGAUGUCACUCGAGUCCUGUUUAUGUUCAAUCAGAUGUCACUCAAUUUGACAAAUGCAGUAACAACUGCAAGGCAAUUGUUGGCUUAUACGGUGGAAGCUGCCAACUUCUCGGAUAAGAUGGAUGUUAUCUUUGUAGCUGAAAUGAUUGAAAAAUUUGGGAGAUUUGCUGAAAAAUACAAAGAGCUGGGUGAUGUAAUUGUGGAUAUAGCAAGCAAUAUUAUGCUGACUGACGAGCGUGUUUUGUUGAUGGCGCAAAAAGAUGGUAAAGCCUGCAGUCGUAUUGUGCAGUGCCUACAACGUAUUGCGACUUACCGGCUUGCCAAUGGGGCACAAGUGUACUCCACAUAUUCCCCAAACAUUGCAUUAGAAGCAUAUGUAAUAAAGUCUGCUCUCUUUACUGGAAUGACCUGCACUGUUUUCCAAAAAGUGGCUGCAGCAGAUCGUACUGUAUUUGCUGAUUUUGGCAGAAAAGAUCCUGAAGGAAACAUGGAUAAGCAAUUAAGCUUUAAAUGCAAUGUUUCAAGCACCUUCAACAGCUUGGCGUUAAAGAACACUAUUGUGGAGGCAUCAAUCCAGCUGCCGUCCUCUCUUUUUGUACCUAAAGAAAAGCGUGAAAGAAGAGCAAUAGAGGAGUCUGUCUACAAGCUUCAGUUAAUUGCUUUUCGAAAUGGGAAGCUUUUUCCACCCACAGGAAACUCUACACACCUGGCUGAUGAUGGGAAGCGACGAGCGGUAGUUACACCUGUCAUUCUUGCCAAGCUAGAUGGUCCAAACAAAAGCAUUCCUAAUGUCCCUAUUAAUGUUACUCUCCGUCGCUUUGCAAGUGGAAAGGAUCCUGUAGCUGCUCAUUGGGAUUUUGAUCUACUUGAUGGACAAGGUGGAUGGAAAUCAGACGACUGCCAAAUAAUUGCAUCAGAUGACAAUAUAACUACCAUCCAGUGCCAGUCUUUAAACAACUAUGCAGUAUUAAUGGAUCUCACAGGAACCGAGAUCUACAACCACCCAAUAACGUAUCUGCAUCCAGUUGUUUAUAUUUCUGCUGUAGUGCUACUUCUGUGCUUGUUUAUGUUCAUCAUCAGUUAUCUGUACUACCACAGUUCUGUGAGAGUAAGCCUUAAAAGCUGGCACAUGUUGGUUAACCUUGGCCUUCAUAUUUUCCUGACAUGUGCAGUGUAUGUUGGGGGCAUUACCCAGACAAGAAAUGCAAGCGUAUGUCAAGCGAUUGGCAUAUUCCUACAUUAUUCUACUCUUGCUACAGUGCUGUGGGUAGGAGUUACAGCUCGUAAUAUAUAUAAACAGGUCACAAAAAAAGCUAAGCGAUGCCAAGAUCCAGAUGAACUGCCCCCACCACCCAGACCAAUGCUAAGAUUUUAUCUAAUUGGUGGUGGAAUUCCUGUCAUUGUUUGUGGUAUAACAGCAGCUGCUAACAUUAAAAACUACGGAAGUCAACCAAAUGCUGCAUAUUGCUGGAUGGCAUGGGAACCCAGUUUAGGAGCGUUUUAUGGUCCUGCAAGCUUUAUCAUUUUUGUCAAUUGCAUGUACUUCCUCACCAUAUUUAUUCAACUCAAGCGUCACCCUGACAGAGUCUAUGAACUCAAAGAGCUAACAGAGGAGCAACAGAGAUUAGCAGCCAGUGAAAAUGGGGAAGGAAACCAGCAGGAUUCCCUUUCUGUGUCCUUAGUGUCUACGUCAGCUUUAGAAAAUGAGCAAACCUUUCACGCCCAGCUCCUUGGUGCCAGCCUUACUAUGUUCUUGUAUGUCUCUCUCUGGAUAUUUGGUGCUCUGGCCGUCUCUCUGUACUAUCCAAUGGACUUGAUGUUCAGCUGUUUUUUUGGUUUAACCUGUUUAAGUCUUGGAGUCUUUCUGGUUGUACACCACUGCACGAACAGAGAAGAUAUGCGACGUGCUUUAAUAAACACCUUCAUCCCUGGUAGGAGCGUUUACUCUGUGCAAGUCAAUGUCCCCCCAUCCAACUGUACCGGGAACAAUGGAGAUCCUCCUAAGUGUACAAACAGCAGUGCGGAAUCUUCCUGCACAAACAAGAGUGCCUCCAGUGUUAAAAACUCCUCACAAGGAUGCAAGCUCACUAAUUUGCAGGCUGCAGCUGCGCAAUGUAACACUAACCCUUUACCGCUAAACACAGCCCCUCAACUGGAUAACAGCCUGACUGAGCAUUCAGUAGAUAAUGAGAUCAAAAUGCAUGUUGCCCCAGUGGAAAUUCAGUAUCGGUCCAAUGGUCACCCAGCUCGCCAUCACAAAAACAGAAGUAAAGGGCACCGAUCUAGUAGACUUACAGUGUUAAGAGAAUAUGCUUACGAUGUGCCCACGAGUGUGGAUGGCAGUGUACAAAAUAUAGUGCCAAAGAGUCGACAGAGUUAUGCUGAAGGGCAUUCAAGGAGCAGGAGAGCUCAUUUGGCAUACAGAGAGAGACAUUUUAAUCACUGUCAACAGGACAGCAGCGAUGCUGCAAGUACCCUUCCUAGAUACAGUAGAACCAUGGAAAAAGUACAUUGUAACAAUAACAAAAAAGACAUUUUGAGAGAACCAAUUACAGUUGAACUUGAAAGCCAGGAAAAAUCCUAUGGUUUAAAUCUGGCCAUACAGGAUGGACCACCUAAAGAUGCGGUGGUGGAGGACCCACCUGUAAAUGCAGAUAGCAAUGGAAAUGUUAGAACUGGACUAUGGAAACAUGAAACUACUGUGUAGUAUUUCAUGCUUAAUUCCUAAAAAUCAUGUGAACUGGGUCGUAUAUAUUUCCUUAAAAAGACUUGUUGGAUAAAUAUGUUUACAGACUUUGUAUAUGUACUCUUGGGAGAAUUCGAACUAUGAAAAAAACUUUUUUUUUUUUCUAACUUCAGAUCACUGGAAAAUACAAUGUUUCCUCAUGCGUGGUUUUUUAAAAUAUUUUUUUUAGCAUAUUUUGAAGGAAAGCAAAGAAGAAUAUCUUUUGUACUUUUGACUUGGCAAAUGGCUUUUUUCACAAGAUUUGUAUUUAAACGUGUAAUAAAUGUCAUUUUUCACA